AUGCCUAAAUCCACCAAAUCGACCGAUAUCCUCAUGCAGGAGGCCCUCACUGCUGCACAGGCUGAAGAGAAACCGGAUGUCUCGAAAAUUGCGCGCGAAUUUGGCGUUAACCGGCGUACCCUUGCCAACCGUGUCAAAAAUCGCCAUCGGGCUCACAAUGCCUAUACACCGGUCAAUAAAGCCCUAGAGCCCUAUCAGGAAGAAGCCCUAAUACACUGGAUUCGGCAUAUGAAGGAUAGUAAUAUGCCUAUCACCCCUUUGCUGGUUGCCGCGUGGGCGAAUCGUGCGCUGGCCCGCGCUGGCUAG